AUACCACAAUAUUCAUCCCCUCUUUCAACGGCACGUCGUACCUGGAGCUGCCUCCCCUUGGCUCUCUGCUGCAGUCUCCUGGUGCCAGCGCGGAUCCCUCUCACCCUGCCAAAGACACCACUGUUACCCUGUAUCUGACUGUCAAAACCAGAGCUACACAGGGCACCAUCCUCUACAGACCUCCACAUCCGUUCUUCACCUCAGACCACGUAACCACGCCAACCCAGGACCUCCAGACCAUCCACGCCAACGGACUCCACAUCCGGCUUCUUCACUCUGUGGACGGACAGAGAAACAGGACAGGCUCUUCUCCAGGCCACCUGGCAGGUCUCAACGCGCAAAGCCAAGUCUUUGUAGGAGGAUAUAAUGAAUAUACUCCUGAACUACUGCCCCUCGGAUCCAGGUUUCGCAAUGGCUUUCAAGGUUGCAUAUUUGAUCUGGAGUUUCGGACGAGGAGAGACGGGAAGUUCAUAGCGUUGGGGAAGCCUGAGGGUCAUCCGAACUCUGGCCGUAGCGUGGGUCAGUGCGGGGUCACCCCCUGCACCCUGGUGACAUGCAGAAACGGAGGAACCUGUGUGGACUCUGGAUCCUCUGUCUACUGCCAGUGCCCAUUCGGCUGGAAGGGAGCACUCUGCUCUGAGACCGUGUCUGUGUGCGACGCUGAACACCGUCCCCCUCCCUUGUGUGCCCGUGGUUCCACCUGCGUACCCCUUCCAGACGGAUACACCUGCCUCUGCCCCUUGGGCACCGGCGGACUGCACUGUCAGCAAGCCAUGGCCAUCAGUGACCCGUUCUUCAGCGGUAACCAGUCAUCCUGGAUGUCUUUCCCUCCAGUCAGCAUCAGACACAGGACAGACCUCAGGCUGCAGUUCCAGACUCUGUCACCAGAGGGCAUCGUCUUCUACACAGCACAGCACCUCAGUGCCAGGGCCGGAGACUUCUUCUGUGUGUCCCUGACAUCGGGGUUGGUCCAGCUGCGUUACAACCUGGGUUCUGGAACCAACGUGUUACAGUCCACUAACAGAGUGGACACCAGCGGAGGGACCUGGCACACGGUGAGGGCAGGCAGGACAGGCCACCAGGGGUACCUGGUUCUGGACGGGCUGGAGGUGAAGCAGAACGACACAGAGGGAGGGAUGUCCACUCUGGACGUGGCCACGGACCUCUUCGUCGGCGGGGUCUCUGACCUGAGCUCCAUCUCUACGUUCUCCGUGGAGAACGAGCCUGUGGGUUUUACCGGAGGCGUGAGAGAGCUGGUCUUAAACGGACACGACUUUGACCUGACGGCGACAGGGGCCCUGGGAGGGGCCAAUGUGGGCGACUGGGACGGGACUGCGUGCGGGUACAAGGUGUGCCAGAACGGCGGCCGCUGUACUGCGUUGAGCGGCGCCGAUUCGGACUCGUUUAUGUGCACCUGCCCUCCUCGGUGGACGGGUCCUGUGUGUAACCAGGCGGUGUAUUGUGUCAAUAACCUGUGUCAACAUGAGUCAUUGUGUUUCUCUGAUCUUGUGACUGGCUCAUACGACUGUUUCUGUCCUCUCGGGUGGGAGGGGAGGUACUGCGAUAAGCAGGUAGGCCUAUCCAUGACCACUCUGAAGUUCGUUGGGAAAUCAUAUCUGAAAUACAGGGAUCCUAAAUUCAACACACGGAAUCUGAGGCACACGCAGGUUUCGUUUAACUUUACAGCCAGCGGGAACGAAGGGUUGAUUCUGUGGAUGGGAAGAGCGGAGCACGAUGACGACGAUUACCUUGCUGUCGGGCUUCAGGCGGGCCACCUCAAAAUCGCAGUCAACCUCGGAGAGAGGCUCUCCCUCCCGCUCACUUUCAGAAACGUCACGUUGUGUUGUAACACAUGGCAUUAUUUAUCUCUCUCUCUGAACAGCACCAUUAUUCAGGUGUUCCUGGGUGACGAGAGGGUCCUUUUCAAAGACGUGGACCCCUUCGAACGUUACGUUGCCAUGAAUUACGGGGGUCUGUUGUACUUGGGAGGGUUCGAGUUGCUCAGGAACAUCUCAACAGUGACGUCUGGGCUGUUUACCAAAGGAUUUGUGGGAGAUCUUAAAGACGUGCGUUUGUAUCAGGACCCCAGACAACUGCAGUUCCUCCAAAACAGCGAAGGAUUUAAUGUUCACAAAAGUAAUGAGUAGUUCUGUAACUUGUGAAAAUAGGUGAUUAAUGUGUUGUAAUAAAGAAAUUCAUAGAA